CCCUCCGUCUUCACACACACCAUCGUUCGUCCUCACCUCACCUUGUACACGCGCGCAGCAUUGUCCAUUCUAGCCGGCGCCAACUGUUUGUUCGACACCAGUGAACUCUCAAGUCUAGCGAUGGCAGACGCGACUGCGCCGCGACCGUUCCUCCGCCGCGUGCUCUCGUUCCGGGAGCCGCUGCAGCUCCAGCUCAUCCCCUACCUCGUCGGCUUCCUCGGCACCGUCGCGUCCGCCUUCUUCCACAGCUACGCCUCCUUCCUGCAGUCCUUCGCCAGGUCCAUCGUCGUCCCGUCGCCGGCCGCUUACGCCAAGUGCGCGUACGCAACCUCGUCGGCGGCGCACGUCGCACCGUGCUGCGAGGACGUCCACGCUGAGGAGGAGGAGGAGGACGAGGAGCUGAGGAAGGAAGAGGUGGAGGCGAUCAUGGCCAGGAUCGGGCUGGGAGUGACCGCCGCCGGGGACGGUCUGAGUGCCACGCUGGGCCAUGCCGAGGUGUCACGGCUGUUCGACGCCGAGGAGCCGAGCUUCGCGGAGGUGCGGCGCGCGUUCGCCGUGUUCGACGGCGACGCGGACGGGUUCAUCGGCGCGGCGGACCUGCAGGGCGCCCUGGCGAGGCUCGGGUUCCCGGAGGUCGACGCCGCCGCGUGCAGGGCCAUGAUCUCGUCGAGCUGCGGGUCCAGGGACGGCAGGAUGAACCUGUUCCAGUUCGUCAGGUUCCUCGAGGACGGCCUCUGCUGACGGAUCGGCCGAGCCGAGGCAGCCUCUCUUUUCGUUCCGGUGCACGGUGCGCCGCUCAGCUGGCGCGCGGCAGAAGAUGGGGGUUCUUGAUUGUCCUGUUUUUCCUUCUGCCACGCGACGAGUUGGGGGUGGAUGGAUUGUGCAACAAAUUAACGCACUAAUUCUCGAGCUUAUUAAUGGAAUCGAACUGAUUUCGCCAAUUGAUCAUAA